AUGGCGACCACCGCAGAUGGCAAAAAGGUCAAGACCGAGAAAGGAAAUCAAGACGGCGAUGUGGAGUUGAUUAACUCGCUCAACGAAGACGAGCGUGAGCGUCAUGCUGUAGAAGAGGCGUCCAAAGGCACCAACAGAGCCAACGCUGCUCUGGCAGGGGGUGAGAAUAAAGGUGGAAGCGUCGACCUUGCACCCAAGUCUGGAGAGCGCAACGAGAACUCUUUGAAGCCUGUGAAGUCAGUAGAGCACGCUCCGGGCAGUGACAAGGUGGCUGAUGAUGACGCCGAGCCCCAACUCCUGCAAGAAGAUUCGGGUCCUUCCGAGCUGUUUCCUGGCGUGCCAUGUGUGACAGUGGCGAAAAGAUGCAAGAAGGGCAACGACGAUCCAGCCCCAUUGUUUCUCAAUCGUUACGGUCCACGUGCGAAAGGUUGGUUCGUGUGGAGUACCACGCCUCACAUUCGCGAUGGCAUGUCUGUGGAAGAUCUCCAGAACGUCAGUGAGCGUUUUCAUCGAGUGCUUGAUUAUCCACGGGAGCAAGGGAAACCAAAGUACCGAGCAGCCAACGUGCACGGGAUCUUGAACAUCGUGUGGGAGUGUGAAGGAUUGGAGCAAAGUCCUCAGGAAGCGGCGGAACUGCUCAAUCCUGCCAAAGUCAAAAAGGCCGUUGAAUUACCAACCUCGAAAUCCCGCCGUGACUGGCUACAUAAGGGUAAGGAUCACAGGCUCGAGAAUUACCGUAUCACCCACAUCGAUGUCAAGUUCCAUCAGAAGAUCAACGGCUUGACCACAAGGCCGGACAACAAGGACCAGGGCGAUGUAUACAACAAUUGGGAGCUGGCCACGCAAUACAAGGCACUAUACCGCAAGGAUCAGAUCAAAGCCGAAUGGCGCGUAUACGAGGCGGCGAAACUGCAGGCGAAGCGAUUCCUCGAUUGGUUUGAGCAGCGCCAUCCUGACGGAUACGCCGAGUACCGUCAAUCCCAGAGUCGCGAGCCGACCGUGCAGCCAUUCAAGCGGUCAUCUCAAAGUGCGAGUCCUGGAGUCUCACCAUCUGCCAGACCCACACCGUCGCUCGAACCCGCGGACACGGCAAAGCCAACGACGCCGUCAGACUCAGCUUCGGUCGGCGAUUCCAAGCCGCCGCCGCCGAAUCUCGCAAAUCAAGGCACCCAGCCGUUAAAGCAUACCCAGGGUGGUAAUGAUGCGCGCCAGGAAGGAAGUUCGUCGCAAGCAUCAUUGAGUAUAGAAGAGCUGAAAGAAGCUGUGCUGGAAGGAUAUUGUGCUGCCCAUGACAUUCGCUCCGCAGGUGACAUGAACUCGAAACAGAAGAUGAAAUUCGACGUCUACUUUGAGGUAUAUGCCAAAAAUAAGGGAUACUGA